GGACGAAGCGUGGAGCGCUCAGACCGACCGCUAAACUGCCCCUUCGCCUGGAAUGUCUCUCUCUCUCUGCUCCCAGGGCGAUCUUUACAGGCUAAUAAAGAAAGUUAUUUUGGAAGUUGAUUUUACAGUCAUAAGUAAUUUGCCAAAGGAAUUCCUACUGUUAGCUUUUUCUUCUGUUGUUGGUUAAUGGAGGUGGCACGUUAAGCACAAAAUAAAGAUAUACACAAAAUUUUAUAACAGUGAUACAGUAUGUUCUGCACAAAACUGAAAGAGCUGAAAAUCACUGGUGAAUGCCCUUUCUCCUUGCUCAACCAAAGUUGCAUUCCAGAUGAAAAUGAGGAAGAAUGUGCUGAAGUGCCCAACAGUUCUAAGGCUCCUUUGCCCAUCUGCAGAGAGAAAGUCCUUCAUGGAAACCUUCCACAAAGGAAAAUCAGCAGGAACAGAGUAUUUCUGCAUACUUUGGCUGAGAGCAUUUACAAGCUCAUCUCUCCAGAAUAUGAAAAGUUGUAUCUUGCAUUUCAAAGAAGCCUAGCCAAUAAUAACAUAAAAGAAACGGGACAGUGUGAGGAAAAGGAUUUUGAGAAGCUACUCACUGAUAAUGCAGAUUUGGCUGGAAUUCCAGUCACUGUUCUAAGAGAAUCACUUGGCGAAGAGCUGUUCAAAAUAUGUUAUGAAGAAGAUGAACACAUCCUUGGAGUUGUUGGGGGAAGUCUGAAAGACUUUUUGAACAGUUUCAGUACUCUUCUGAAGCAGAGCUCCCAUUGCCACGAAGCUGAAAAAAUGGGCAGAGUUGAAGAAGUCUCAAUUUUGUGCUUGGAAAAAGAUCCCAACUUUUUAAAUGUAUACUAUUUUUCCCCCAAAAAACCAACUACCCUCAUCCUGUCUGGUAUUAUUAAAGCAGCAGCUCUCAUUUUGUAUGACAUGGAGGUGGAAAUAAUGGUAAUGCCACCCAGCUUCUGCAAAGACAGUUCCGAGUUUAUUGAUCAACCUUAUUUGUUGUAUUCUGUGCACGUCAAAAGCACAAAGCCAUCUCUAUCACCUUGCAAGCCCCAGUCUUCUCUUGUCAUUCCUACUUCUAUGUUCUGUAAGACCUUCCCUUUCCAUUGCAUGUUUGACAAGGCCAUGGAUAUUUUGCAAGUUGGCAAUGGCAUCAGGAGAUUAUUAAACAAAAGAGAAUUCCAAGCAAAGCCACAGUUUGAAGAGUGGUUCGAAAUUUUGGCUCCUAAAAUAAAUUGCACAUUUAGCGGGAUCAUGACAAUGCUGAACAUGCAGUUUACUAUAAGAGUGAGACGAGGAGGCAAGGUUCUUAAAAAGUCAACUGGGGUUAUGGAUCUUAAAGGACAAAUGAUUUACAUUAUUGAAUCUAAUGCCAUUUUGUUCUUGGGAUCUCCUUGUGUGGAUAGACUGGAAGAUUUCACAGGACGUGGCUUAUAUCUUUCAGAUAUUCCAAUUCAUAAUGCACUUAGGGAUGUUGUUUUAAUAGGAGAACAAGCCAGAGCUCAAGAUGGAUUGAAGAAAAGAUUAGGGAAGCUUAAAGCAACUCUUGAACAAGCUCACCAAGCUCUUGAAGAAGAGAAAAAAAAGACAGUUGAUCUUUUGUGCUCUAUUUUCCCCGAGGAAGUUGCUCAGCAGCUAUGGCAAGGACAAGUUGUACAGGCCAAGAAAUUUAAUAAUGUCACAAUGCUUUUUUCUGACAUUGUAGGAUUCACUGCAAUCUGUUCUCAGUGUUCACCCAUGCAGGUUAUCACCAUGCUUAAUGAGCUGUACACUCGCUUUGAUUAUCAGUGUGGAGAACUGGAUAUCUACAAGGUAGAAACCAUUGGAGAUGCAUAUUGUGUAGCUGGAGGCUUACAUAAAGAAAGUGAGACCCAUGCGAUUCAGAUUGCACUAAUGGCACUUAAAAUGAUGGAACUGUCCAGUGAAGUGAUGUCACCACAUGGAGAAUCCAUCAAGAUGCGUAUAGGACUACAUUCUGGCUCUGUUUUUGCUGGUGUUGUUGGUGUGAAAAUGCCACGUUACUGCCUAUUUGGAAACAACGUAACACUUGCCAACAAGUUUGAGUCUUGCAGUCUUCCUAGGAAAAUAAAUGUUAGCCCCACUACCUACAGGUUGAUAAAGGAUCACCCUGGCUUCAUGUUUACUCCUCGCUCAAGACAAGAACUUCCUUCCAACUUUCCAGGUGAUAUACCUGGAAUCUGUUACUUUCUUGACGCUUAUCUUCAAGGGAAAAGUACAAAAGGCUGGCUUCAGGGGAAAGAUGCUGAAGAAGACAAGACAAAUUUCCUCGGGACAUCAACAGGAGUGGAUUAAAUUGUAUUUUGGAGACAAAAUAGUGUGUAUGUGUGUGUGUGUGUUUAUAAGUUCUGAGUUUUGAUUUCCUUUUGUUGAAGAAAUAUAAUAGCACUUUAGCUUAUUAAUCACUUGAAAGCCAGUAUUAAAUUUUAGAUUAAAGGGGUAUUGAAUAUUAUGUAGAAUUUUUAUUGAGAUAAUAUAUUCAGUGUCUAAAAAAUAAUAGUUGAAGCUGUAACAAGACAGAGCCAGUCUGCCUGUGAAGAAUUCUGUCCCUCUAGAAAUGAACUUUGAAGUCAGUUUUUUGAUAAUGUGUGCUUUGCACCUUACCAAAUUCCCAGUUUUAGAAUCAGCUUUCACAACAGUUUCUCAGCAUCUGCACCUCCAUCUGGGGCUGUAUGAGCAUCAGAGCAUGUGCCAUAGUUUUUUUUCUUUUUUUUUUAAAGAGAGCAGUUUGGUGUAGUGGUUAAGGUGCUGGCCUAGAAGAUAGGAGGCUGAGCACCUUAGACAUGAAAGCCAACUGGAUGACCUUGGGCCAGUCACUGUCUCAACCUAACUCGCCUCAUGGGAUGGUUGUGGGAAAAAUAGAAGGAAGGAGUAUUAUGUAUGUUCAUUACCUUGAGUUACUUAUAAAGUAAUAGGUGAGAUAAAAAUUAAAAAACUAUUAAGUACACAGAUGAUAUAUAUUCACCCAGCUAGAUGAAUGUCACAGCUGUUUUAGUGAAUUUUUCUAAAUGAUUUCAUAAGGAAUUGGAAAGUGCAGCCAUAGAUUAUGGUCUAUGAUGUCAACAAGCUGUUGUAGACUAAAACAUUUAUAAACACUGCUCCAAAAGCCGUAAUUUAUGGAAUUGUAAUCCAGAAUUUCUGGAUUUCAUACCUUCCUGAUGAAAUUCAAUUUUUUUUCUUUUUCUAGCAUCCUUUUUAUGGUUAUCCUUGGCAAUUUUCUAGUUAUGUAUAAACUAACUGAUGAACUGUGCUCCCUGUUUCUAGUCAGUUAAACAAUAUUUACACCUGUGGACUACAUGAACUUAAAUUCAGAAUUGUCUCUGGUUGAUUCUAUGCCUAGUUUUUUUAAUGUGCAACUGUUAAUAUUAUCUACAAUAUAUAUAUAUAUAUAUUUCCAUGAAAAGAAUAUAUGUGUUAUCCAGUUUAUGUGAACCCAUUGAAAUUAGUCACUAUUGCAAUAUUUGUUCCUUAAUAUCACCAAUAAUGCUUUGGUCAGGUGAUAAUACCAAAGAUUAUGGAGAUACUAAGAGGUAAACAAUGUCAUUUAGAUGACAAUGUUAUUUGAACCUAUCUAGAUAAAUGCCAAUGAAUUCAUCAAGACAUAUGAGUAAACAUACGUAGGAUUGUUAUUUCCCUAUUUGAUUGGUGUUGGCAAUUUUUAGAACUAAUGUACACAAGAUGCCACUCACUGCUCUCACUGUCUAUAAAUUAAUAUAUGUAAUAUAUUGAAUAAUCAAAUCUAAAAUCUGUAUUCAAACAGCAUUUUAAGUUUGGAGGCACACAUUUUAUAGGAAGCACAUACUGUAUAUACCCUAUUCUGUGUAAUAGCAAUAAAUGUUUUCUCAAGUAAUUUUAACUGUUUAGUUUAAAAUGUGUAUAAUCUUUGCUUAACAAUAUUAACAUAGCACAGAUAUUGCAAUAUAUGAGGACUUACGAAUCAAAUAUAUGUAUAUAGAAACUUAGAAUGCAUUAUGGUAACAUUUGAACUCAAUAAAAAGAAUUAUACAGAAAGAAUGUACAG